UUUUUUUCGGAACAGAAGGCUGUGAAACCGACAAAAGCGUAGCGCCAUAUUGUGUGCUUGUGUUUGGUUGCGGUUGUGGCGCGUGGUCAAUUAUAUCGUCUCUAAUUAAUAAUCAUGUCCGAUAACCAGGAGCAAAAACCCGAUUCCGGCCCAGGAGACGCGAAUUCGGAAUACAUCAAGCUUAAAGUUGUGGGAAACGACAGUAACGAAAUUCACUUCAGGGUAAAAAUGACCACUCAAAUGGGCAAACUGAAGAAAUCUUACAGUGAUCGCGUGGGUGUUCCCAUGACGAGUCUCAGGUUUCUUUUCGAUGGCAAAAGAAUUAACGAUGAUGAAACGCCAAAGCAGUUGGAAAUGGAGAACGACGACGUCAUCGAAGUUUAUCAAGAACAAACAGGUGGUCACUACUACUGAAAAGAAUUGAAGGGAGGCGCCAUGCAAUUUGGUUUUGUAUUUUUUUUAAAGUGAAAGUGACAAACGGACAAGAUUUCCAACAAGCAUAUGUGUUAACAAAAUUCUAUUGUAUAAUUUGACAUCCACGUAACUAUCUGGACGUGCUGUUUUUACAUUCAUGUAACAAUAAGGCAUGUCGAUAACCAGUAGCAGCAAAUACUUUUCUACAAUGCAAAUACUUUUGCUCCAUUUAUAGCUGCAUGGGCCAGUCGCCCAUAUUUGUAUGCCAACCUUCUUAAUAUAAAUAUAUCUAUCUCACCAGACUUAGACCACAGAAACUUCAAAAGUGAGUCAUCAGUUGCAAUUGCAAAACUCUUUAGCAAUUACAAUCGGAAAAUAAAAGUUCCAAUCGUUUAAAACAGUUUCCUUUUCUUUUUUCAUAAGCUUAAUGCAAUUUAAAGAAAUUGCUACGUUCAGAAUGCAGAUGCAAUAAAGACUUAAAUAUUAACUUUGAUUUCUCGUCACUUUUACGAUGAUAAAGAUGUUUGUCGAGUAACUUUAGAAAGUAUCUAGAUAACUAUUUAUAAUGAGAUGUACUCACUUAAACUCUAUUAUUGUAGUUUUAUUUUUCUUUUAAUUUUAAAUUGCGUGAAGUCGCUUUUAGUAGGUAUUGUUAUUUAGAUGUUUUCUGAAACUUCUCGUGAACUUACAAAUACAAUUAAUUUUCCAAAGGUGAAAGUGUAAAUUUUUGAGCGUUAAAGGAUAAUUGCAUGGCCGACGGAUUCAAAUCCAACUGUAAGCUUUCAGAACUUAUAAACUAGAUAUAAUGUUUCACGAAAUGAAGAGAUACUUUGAUAUUACAAAAUUAACUUUUCUUUAUAUUUGGACUCUUUAUGAAUCUUUAAAUAAACCGUGCUAAGGCAAAGAAUUGUGUAAUAAGGGUACAUUUUUUUUAUCCUAAGCGAACGGAAAACGAUGUGUAUGUGUAAUAAAAUAAUAUAUCAAUCAUUUCGAUUCUGUAGUAAUAUUCAAUGUUGAAAUCUAAAGCCAAAGUCAUUGACGUUCAUGUUGUAACCUUAGUACCACGUAAUUUCUAAAUAGGAGGCAACCAUUUUAUACUUUCUUUUUAAUUUAUCGGGUCUGAAAGGUAUCCGGAAUCUGGUUACGAGUCUAGAAAAUUCGAGUUCGUUGAAAAAGGCACGCGUGCAACAUCUUAUGAGUAGAAUAAGAGGCAUAUUAUCGCAAGAAAAAAUUAGGAUUUGCGAUAAACGGAAACUCGAAGAGAUACCGAAAUCUUGUUGACGACAGCUGCUUGGUUUUGAAAAACUUCAAACGUUUACGUUCUUAACUUCUUUCUGAAAAUAAACGGAAUUAUUUAUUUUUCGCAGUAAAGCGUUUUUUUAAGAGAUUUAGAACUUAAGUUGUGCGUGGAAGACUCAAAACCAUGCAGCUUAUUUAUAAAUACUUCAAGUUUCAAGAAACGAAUUAUUUUUCUUUUAGGUUUUUGCUUCUAAAGUAAUUCUCCAUAUCGGAACUAUUUCAUUUGCACGCAAAUUUUAUUUUUGUUUAUUAUCUGGUAAAUUAAUUAUAAAGCAUAUUCCGAAAAUAAUCAUUGUAAUUUGCCCCGACAAUGUAUCUAGAUUCCAGAAAUAAAAUAUUGUA